UGCCGUGUUGACUUCCACGCAGUAGUCAGUCCCGCCUCCUGCAGCCACUCACCUGGGAGCACCUGCCGUAUACCUGCCACACAGGUAACUUAAACCGGCUAUGGCGGAUUCCCAGCUGCUGUGCAUGGACGAUGAGCAUGUCAACGAAAAGAUCCCGGAGACCAAACCGGAGUUUUACUACAGCGAGGAGCAGCGGGCCGCCCUGGAGCGGCUCCUGAAGAGCGGGGACGGAGCCUUCAAGAUGCGGCUGAAGGAGGACAACAUCAAAGACUUCCUCUCGGCCAGGGAGAUCAGGUCCCUCCGGAAAAUGUUCAAAGAGUACGACACGGACAGUGACUCCGAGUCCGGGGACCAGGAGAAGUCCAAGGGGUCCUCCAGCGCGGACUCCGGGGUGCACUCCACAUACUGGCCCGAGAUGUCCGACACUGAGGUCCCGCCUCUGGACAUCGGCUGGCCGGGCAGCAGCGGCGUCUACAAGGGGGUGACCCGGGUGAGCGUGCACUCCCACCCGCCCAGGGGCCCCGGGCCGCACAUCAAGCAGGUGGUGAGGAGACUCAUACAGGAGGCACACAAGGUGGUGGCCAUAGUGAUGGACCUGCUGACAGACCUGCAGAUCAUCCAGGACCUGCUGGAUGCCUCAUCACGGAGGGGGGUGGCUGUCUACGCUGUGCUGGAGGCCAGGGGAGUGCCCCACUUCCUGGAUAUGUGCACACGGCUGCAGAUUAAUGCAGUCCAUCUGCGGAAUCUCCGUGUGCGCAUGGUGAGAGGUUCAGGGCUGAACCUGUCGUUUGGAAAGCUGCCCGGGUCCCUGUGCUCCAAAUACAUGCUGGUGGACGGAGAGAAAGUCAUGUUUGGGUCUUACAGCUUUACCUGGACCUCCUCUCGGAUGGACAGGAACACGAUCACCGUGAUGUCGGGACAGAUUGUGGACUCCUUUGAUAAUGACUUUCGGGAGCUCUAUGCCGUGUCCGAGCUGGUGGACCUCUACCAGGAGUUCAACAUCACCAAGCCGCCAAUUUCUACGCCCAUCAGGAUGCCAAAGGUGGAGAGAAUCCAGCCAAUUCCUGUGUCCAUGUCUCGCUUUCAAGUAUCUGUCGGGGACUCUAGACAGGUAGACUUAAAGGUGCCUGCACAUAAAUAUCACAACCCUAAGUACUCUUUAGUUUUUGGGAACAGUACGGGCCUCACUGGUUCCCUACAAGACCUGUCGAGAGUCAGCGACUCGCUGGUUGGGGGGCUGAUCCAGAGGAACGGCCUGCAAAAUGGCAUGCUUCAAAACAAGGACAAGGUGGACCCAGCCCCCCCUCAGAGUCCUGGUUCCCCUGCAGAGGACGAGGAUGGAAAGGGAAGCUUGAAGAGGAACCAGUUUUGUGGAGCUAAGAAACAACGCAGCUCUUUCAGGCACUUCCUGAAAGGCAGAGGAGCCAAUCAGAGUUCAGAGACUAUAGAGGAAGGCGUGGUCACUCCUCAGAGCCAGUCCCCUGUCUGUAAGGUGCCAGAGCUAAAUGGCAAUGCAAAUACAAAUAAGAUGGAAGAUUCCUUUGAGAUUAUUGAGAAACCGGAUUUACCGAAACCCAAAAUCAAGAAGCCCUUAAAGACCCUUCAGAGAAGCAUGUCCCUGCAGACCAUCAACACAGGAGACGAAGACGGAACUAAAAGCCGCCGGCAGCAUCAAAAGAAGAAUUGCAUCCAGUCAUGAGAUGAAAAACAAGAGGUCAGUCAGAGUUAUGAGGAGCAGCAGAGGAUCUCCUGAUGAAACAGUAUGAGUCACAGUAUCUGCUUACCGUAACCGGGUGACACGACGCUUUCUGGCCUGGUAUACUGCAGGUGAAGUAAAGGAGAGGAGAGAGAGAUAUUGUAGCUCAACUAAUCAUGUGAGGAAAAAACUCCUCCCAGAGAAUCUAAACAUUGUUGCCAAAGUGCUAAUGGAGGGCGAUUUCAUUGCCUUUGUUUUUGUGCUUAUGUUUUGUUUUUAGUAAAUUAUUCUACAGUUAAAGGGAUAGUUAAUUAUUUUUGAAGUAAGUUUUUUUGAUCUACUUAUCCACAGUCAUUGUACCUACAAUAGAUGGUGGUUGGCUUCAGGUUUGGAGAAACAGAUGGGAGCACCUGCUGAAAUAUAAGCAAUGUACUUCUUUGGACUGGGGUAGCAGCAAAACAUAUUUAGACUACUAAACAAUUCAUAUCAGUUAAAUUGAAUACUAUAUUUAGAAUAAUUUAGCUGCUUUACCUUGCUGUCAGGUGGCCCUUUUCAACAGGGUUCAGAAACUGUUAGAUUCAAAGCUACCAGACAUGGACAAAAAAGUUAAUUUGAACUUGCAAACCUUGUUGCUGCCUCAAUCAGUUAUUUUGUUGAUGUUUUUGUUUGGCGAGGCAAAAAAAACAGGAUGAGCAAAAUACUUGAGUACAAAUAUUUUGCAUAGAAAAUAUUCAUAAUGCACCGAUUGCGAUUGCGAUGACUAGAUGUGCGCCAUGUCAUCCUUAGAAAAAGAGAGAAGUGUAUUUACCGUUACUCUCUACUUUAAUUGACUUCUCUUUUAGCUAAAUGCUCAGACUGCAUUUAACCCACUGCGCCACACACCUCCUGUUUCUGCUAAUAGACAAUAAACAUCUUCAUGGUACAUUGGUACAUAUACACAUACCUCAUACCAUUGAGAUACACUGAUAUAGUGUACAUUUUUACACAAUGUACGAUCCGUAAUACUUGAAUAUGCUUUAAGAAAAACAACAGCCUACAUCUCAGCUCUCCAGAGGGUUUCAUUUAUUUAGUUAGCAGCUCAUGCCUUACAGCAGGAGCCCCUGAUUGCUUAUCAUAAGAGGAAAUAGGAAGGGUGUAUUUCAAGCAUGUUAUGAACAUAAGUCAUUGGGCUUUUUUCUUAUCAACUUAGAUUUGAUAGAAAAUGUUUUCAACUUUAAUUGACUGAAUUUGUUUGAAGAGUGGACUUCUUAACACAUGAACACUGUGUAAUAUCUGUUUUCAUCUAUAUUUAAGAAAUACAAUAUAAGACAAGCACAAGCUUCAUUUUUGGGCCAUACUCCAUUAUACUUUUUCAAUUUGCUGAGGGCCGAUUCAAAAUGGUCCGCGGGCCGCAUUUGGCCCCCGGGCCAUAGUUUGUUUAAAUAUAACAUUAUCAUUUUUAUUUUGUAUAAUAAUUUACAUAUUCUUUUACAACAAUUUAUUUCAUGGCAAAAAAAGGUGCAAAUAAAAAAAAACCUAUGUGUUAAGGUCUUAAAAAUGUGUAGAUAAGUGCAUCACUUCAAAACAUCCAACUAUCCCUUUACUGUAAGUGUUUUCUUAUAUGAUAUGCAUGAACCUGGUCACCACAGAGCAGCCAAGGAUUAUCACACCUGGUUGCUAUGGAGACAGGAGAAGUGAUCAGAUGUGCUGUUUGUCACCGAGUGUUGCCUUUCAGACUGAGGAGCCUUAGUAACAGAAGAACUGUUGAUCAGAGAGCGUCGUGCAGGCAGUGAAUUAUGUACGUUGUGUUGAGUUCAGCAGUGCAGACACACGCCUGCUCGGCUUCCUGCAGUGUGAGGACUUUGUUUGUUUACACUUUGCUUUUGUUCACUGGCAGAGACGAUAAUGUGAAUCCUUGAGAAACUACUUGAUGCAAAUAAUCCUAAUUUUGUAGCAGAGAUUGAAUAAAAGACUUGAAAAAAA